AUGAACCAAGACGACGCCGCGCCCGAGAACGACGACGAUGGUUUGGAGUUGCUGCAGCGCGCUCGUCUCCUCGUCCAGGCCGCCACAAACUUGCCCGACUUUAGCACCCUUUUUAGCAAGAUCCCACCACCCCCCAUCCUCGAAGACGACGACGAAGAGAUGGCGAUGGAGCCCCCCAAGACGACCAAGGUCAAGCCCAAAAAAGCUGCUGCUAGCAACCAAGACGAAGUCAAGUACGUCUUGCAUUCUAGCAGACUCGUCGGUCGCACCUGCGUGAGUAGACACGACAAGAAAAAGACAGCCAAGAAGCCCAAAGAGCCCCAACGAGAGACGCCAUCCCAUCCGCAGUACGCUCCAUCCGAGUACAUUCACGAUCUGAACGCGACGGUGCGUAGUGUCAAGCCCGUCAAGAGUUCACCACGGUCGCCCAAGACCGUCAAGCCGCCGAAGCCAAAAGUCAAGAAGGAGGUGCCGGAAGCCCCCAUCGUCGACGACGCCGACCAAAAGGCGGCCCAAGAGCUCGCACGCAAGUACGCCCAAGAGCGCGCGGCGGCGCGCGUUGCCGCCAAGCAGCGCGAGAAGCUAAAAGAGGCCGAGAAGCAGCAACAGACUGAGGCGGACUGCGUCUCCGAGUUCUACGAGACGCUGGACGAGCGGGAGAAGCGGCUCAAGGAAGACCGGCGCAAAGCAAAGGAGCGCGCGCGCCACCGGCGACAGCAAGUGCAGCACGAAGAACCGGUCGAGGCUAAACCCGAGAAAGAGAUCCACCACCCCGACUUGGACAAAUUCCAGCAGCAAACCAAGGAGCGCCUGCUUCGCGCCAAGGAGCAACGGCGACGCGAGGAGGAGCUCAAGGCGCAGCAGGCCGCCAAAGAAUUGGAAGAGAAAUUGCGGCACCAGCAAGAGGACGAAGAGGCACAAGACGAGCUCAAGCGGCGGGCUGACCAGCUUCGAAAAGAGACUCGUCGGCGCUUGAAGGCAAUGGAGAAGCACAAGUCGGAGCUCGAGCGAAAGGAGAUGGAGUUGCGGCAGCAAGGCCUCGAGCGCUACAAGCACCACAAGGGUGAGAUGGAGCGUGUGGCCAAGGGCAUUAUGUCCCACAAGCCAAAAGACGAGUCGACUUCCGAGAACGCACCACCAAUGGAGGCCGAGCCGACAGACCCCGUUGUCGAGCAGGUAGACUCGCCCACGAGAGCGCCACCUGUCGAGGAACAAGUCAAGCUGCAAACAGCACCGGACGAGUGCCACGGCGAAGACGACGACGACGGAGCUCUGGGUGGUGCAACGCCAGAUGUGCACCUGCCAGCAAUCGUGUUGCCGCCGCUGGUCGACGAUGCUCGAGUGCUACCCCAGGAGAAGCCAGUGCCGAAACCCAAGCAGAAGGCGGCGCCGUGGAAACGGCCACCAGUGCCGAUGCCGAGUGCCGAUGCGGUUGCGAGCCGGGCAAAGCUACCGAGCGCAUUGCCCGGCGGGCCGCCGCUGCCACCUCCGCGCGACACGUCGUACUCGGACAGGCUCAAGAGUCGGUCGGCACCAGCGAGCUUGGGCUCCAGUGACGGCCCAGGCCAGCGGCUCGUGAGCGCGACGCGGGACCGUGCCAAUCAAAUGGACGCGCAGGCCAAGAAGAUGUUAGCGCCACCCAUCUAAUGCUGCCGACGCCGUUCCGCCAGACCUUGCCGUUCUGCCAGACCUUGCUCGCCUCAUGUAGUAGUAACAUCACGCGCAACAGCUUUCUCCAUACU